UUAAAAAUGAAUAACUUAUUGAGGUUACGUUUGUUCAGUAGGUGUUUUAAUAAUCGUCGAUUACAUUCUGUAAAGCACAUAUUAGACGCCAAAAAUAGACAAUUGUACGAGGAUAUUUUUCCUGAUAUUUCUGUGAAAGAUGUACAAAAAUUAUGGGAAAGUCCACCACAGUGUGUUUAUGCUGGAUUCGAUCCAACCGCAGAAAGUUUACACAUAGGAAAUUUGAUAAUUCUUAUCAAUCUUCUACACUGGCAACGCAGUGGCCAUCAAGCAAUUAUUGUAUUAGGAGGUGCAACAGGUUUAAUUGGUGAUCCAAGUUACAGAACAUCUGAACGUGUUGACAUAGAAAAAAUUGUAAUGCGUGAAAAUUUGAAUUGCAUAAAACAAGAUAUCAAAACUGUUGUUAGAAAUCAUCAACAAUAUUUCUGUAAAAACAAAAAUCAUCUAAAACCUAUAAAAAUACUUAACAAUUUAGACUGGUAUAAAGAUAUGAAUUUGCUCUCUUUCAUCACAGAGGUUGGAAAGUAUUUUAGAAUGGGUACAAUGCUUGGUCGUGCAUCUGUGCAAUCUAGAUUACAUUCUGAAAGUGGAAUGAGUUUCACAGAAUUUACAUAUUCGCUUUUUCAAGGAUAUGAUUGGCUCCACUUACAGCGCACAUAUGAUUGUAAUUUUCAAGUUGGAGGUCAAGACCAGAUGGGAAACAUAGUAGCUGGUUAUGAUUUAGUCACUAGAUAUGAAAAAAAGCAAGUGUAUGGAUUGACAUUACCAUUAAUCACUGCUGAUGGUGGAAAAAAGUUUGGAAAAUCUACUAGUAAUGCAGUUUGGCUCUCUUCUUUAAAAUCAUCUAGUUUUCAGCUGUAUCAAUACUUCAUGAGAGUAGAGGAUGCUGAUGUAGAAAAAUUCCUCCAUUUCUUUACAUUUUUGCCUGUAGAUGUUAUUAAAAAUAUUGUACAAGAGCAUUUUAAAAACCCAGAAAAGAGAAUAGCACAGAAAACUUUAGCUGAUAAAGUUACAUUAUUAGUUCAUGGAGAAGAGGGAUUAGUAGCUGCUAAGAGAGCAUCAGAUAUUCUUUAUGAUAGAAGUGUUGAGUCUUUAGCAAGAAUGAAAGUAAAUGACCUAGUACAGAUAUUGGAAGGAGCAUCUGUAGUAGAACUUUUUGCUGAACCAGGCAUUAGUGUUUAUGAAUUAGCAAUGAAAGCAAACUGUUUUAAUACAGAUCAUGAUGCAAGGAGAAUUAUUGAAGCUGGUGGUUUCUAUAUUAAUUAUAAAAAAAUUACAAAUACAAAUGAAGUUAUUGUACCUGGAAUACAUAUAUUAAGUAAUAAUGUAUCAUUACUUAGAGUUGGGAAAAAAACUUAUCAUGUUGUAUAUUGGCUGGUGUUUCACAAACACGUGCGAAAAUUGAGUGACAUUUUGAAAAAAGUUAUCAUUAGAGCAGAAACGGUAUAG